AUGGAAAUGGCUGGACACUUGGUUCGCAAUCUAGAAAGUGUCAAUCCAAGAGCAAUGAGCGACUGGUUACAGGUUCCACCAGCUCUUUUCUCUCUUGCAAUGAAAUCUGCUUGGUUCCGCUCACAACGUGGUGGUGGAUCUGCUGCUAAACCACACGCCAGACUUGGUCUCGGCUAUAAACCAAAAACUCGACCAGCUCCUGGUAGCGGAGCAGCUCAACUUGACCCUCUGAAAGAGCACAAACCGCGCGGUGCAACUAAUCUUACAGGGCCUGCAGCUGCCGCACCGAAUGAUAGGCUUCAAGCGAUGAAGAAUGCCUUCAAGCAGUCUUUUGCCGCGACAUUCAAGCCGUCUGAAUUGGAGACGUCGAAAAUCAGGCCACAGAUGAUUUCCGAUCCCCGUCCAGAAUGGAAACGUAAGAUCGAUGAAAUCAACGCCAAACUUCAAGCUGAAGCUCAGUCGCAACAAGCGCAAUCUUCUACUGCUUCUUCGACGAGUAAUGAUGACGGAUCGUCAUCCAAAAAGAAAAGCAGGUGGCAGUGA